AUGGCGAACGAAGGUAACGCCCACCCAAGCUCUGACGAUGAGCUGUUUGUGUCCCCGGCAACGGAGCCCAUGGCGUAUACCUUUCAGUCUGAUCUAUCUGAAGACGAAAUCCAAGUCGCUACCGCACAGCCCGCCGCGCCCAAGCCGGUAUCACCACCCGCGCCCAACGCCGAUCGAUCCAAAAGCUCUCUUGAUCCCUUCGCCGCCACACCGAAACCAGAGCCUUUCAUCCUACCCCCCGCGCCAGCUGACGAUGACAACCCCGGUUCAUUCCUCGAGCAAGCCGCGGCUGCUCUCGCGGCAGUGACGAAAGCGGAAACCUCCUCGACCAAACCCAAGAAACGAGAGUCGGAUGCGUUAGCCAGCUGCCGUGGAAGCGUGAAUGCUGUGGCCAGCGGGGUUACAGUCCACAGGAGAACCGGCACUAGGCGUGUUGACAUCGAGGUUGCCUUGCCCUGGAUCCCGCCAUCGGAGCGGGCAGCAUUCACCCAUGUUGAGGUUGAGGAUUGGGAUGAGGGAGCAAAACACUAUGAUACCCGCAGGCGAAGGAACAAGGUAAGCAAUACCUGGUUGGCGCGAUACUACACCUUUCCCGGUUUCGCGAUAAGGCAAUAG